AGAUUCAAAUUGGUACAAUUGUGGUGUACGGAAUCGGAAAUGAAGUUUAGCAGGUUGGAAAUUAUCAUUGCUUUGUUAAUUACUUCCGCAACUUCUGUGCUAACAACUUCAGUGGGUGCCAAUCCAUUAUUAGAUGUAUUGGAUUAUGAUGAUGAUUUCAUUAGAAAUGUACGUACAGGAAAUGUUAAAUGGAUGAGAUUGGGGAAGAGAUUACCUGAUCAUAAAUGGAUGCAUUCUGGGCGCAAAAGGGCGCAAAAUGUUAAAUGGAUGAAAUUUGGAAAACAAAAUGAUAAUUUCUAUGAUUAUCAAUGAAUGAUUAUCAAUGAAC